UAUUUCAGCAGGACUUUACUUAUUUGGUUAAAAAAAAAACAUGGAUGAACACCCCGGCGGCGGAGGAGGAGGAGGGAUGGCCACAGCAAGACAGCAGCAGCAGCACGGUAAUAACGGCAGCGUUAACGCUCAUCUGUCCGGGGCUGGAGGUUCAGGAAUGGGACAGCAGCAGCCUGAUGAAGCGCCGAGGCCGCAGCAGUACACAAUCCCCGGGAUUUUACACUACAUCCAGCACGAGUGGGCCCGCUUCGAGAUGGAGAGGGCGCACUGGGAAGUCGAAAGGGCCGAACUACAGGCUCGAAUAGCAUUCCUCCAGGGAGAGAGAAAGGGGCAAGAAAAUUUAAAGAAUGAUCUGGUUAGAAGAAUAAAGAUGUUAGAAUAUGCAUUAAAACAAGAAAGAGCAAAAUACCAUAAAUUGAAAUAUGGCACAGAACUCAAUCAAAGUGAAGUCAAAAUGCCCAGCUUUGAAUCAGAAGAUACCAAAGACACAGAGGUGUCCAGUGUACCACAGAACAGUCAGUUAACUUGGAAACAAGGCCGGCAACUGUUAAGACAAUAUCUUCAGGAAGUAGGUUACACUGACACAAUACUUGACGUGCGGUCUCAGCGUGUACGUUCUUUACUGGGGUUGUCUGGCUCGGAACAGAAUGGUUCAGUGGAAACCAAGAACCUGGAGCAGAUCCUCAAUGGAGGCGAAUCUCCAGCCAAAAGGAAAGGUCAUGACAUGAAAAGAAACACAGGAGAUGUGCUGGAGACGUUUAAUUUUUUAGAAAAUGCUGAUGACAGCGAUGAAGAAGAGGACGAUGAAAAUGACCUUAUGGAUGACGCGUCAAACAGGACCGAUAAACAAAGAAUAAAGAAGCAUAAAAUUAAAGUGGGAAAUGAGGGCUUAGCGUCAGACCUUCCAGACGAUGCAGACACAGAAGAAGCACUAAAGGAGUUUGAUUUCCUGGUGAAUGCAGAGGACGGUGAGGGCGCUGGUGAGGCUCGCAGUUCAGGAGAUGGUACAGAGUGGGCCGAGCCACUGCCGUUUCCAUCGGGAGGUGGCAAGUCCUUUAUCAUGGGCUCGGAUGACGUUUUGGAAAGUGUGUUGGGCUUAGGAGACCUUGCUGACCUGACAGUGUCCAAUGAUGAUGCUGAUUAUGGCUAUGACCUUCCAGCCAACAAGGAUGCAUUCAGAAAGACAUGGAAUCCAAAGUACACCUUGCGCAGUCACUUUGAUGGAGUGCGUGCCCUGGCCUUCCAUCCUGUAGAACCAGUGCUAGUCACUGUCUCAGAAGACCACACCCUCAAACUUUGGAACCUCCAGAAAACUGUUCCUGCCAAAAAAAGUGCCUCUUUUGAUGUGGAGCCGAUAUACACAUUUAGAGCACAUUCGGGGCCUGUGCUGUCGUUGGCUAUUACAGCAAAUGGGGAGCAGUGCUUCAGUGGUGGAAUUGACUCAACAAUACAGUGGUGGAAUAUCCCCAGCUCUAGCAUAGACCCUUAUGACACAUAUGAUCCCAGUGUUUUGGCCGGAUCUUUACUGGGCCACACUGAUGCAGUUUGGGGUCUGGCUUACAGCGGAAUUAAGAAUCGGCUGCUGUCCUGUUCUGCUGACGGAACCAUCAAGUUGUGGAACCCUCAGGAGAAGAUGCCUUGUUUGUACACUUUUAAUUCAGAGAGAGAGCACGGCAUUCCUACUUCUAUGGAUUUCAAUGGCUGUGAUCCAGCAUAUAUGGUGGCUUCAUACAACACGGGGAAAGUUCUCCUCUAUGAUUUGGAGACGUCACAGUCUGUCAUGGAGUGCUCAGCACAGAAGGACAGCGCACUGCCUUUUGGGAACCACAUUAAUAAAGUUGUGAGUCACCCCACACUGCCAGUCACGAUCACAGCUCAUGAGGACAAACACAUCAAAUUCUAUGACAAUAAAUCAGGUAAAGUUAUCCAUGCAAUGGUGGCUCACUUGGAUGCUGUCACCAGUCUAGCGGUGGAUCCUAAUGGCAUUUACUUGAUGUCAGGAAGUCAUGACUGUUCAAUUCGGCUGUGGAACCUGGACAGCAAAACAUGUGUACAAGAAGUCACCUCCCACCGGAAGAAGUCGGAUGAGUCCAUAUAUGACGUUGCCUUCCACCCUUCUAAGGCAUUCAUAGGAAGUGCUGGGGCAGACGCCUUGGCCAAAGUAUUUGUAUAAAUCCCAAUUCAGAGGAAACUCACUCACACUCAGACAACAACAGAAAGAUCUGAUUGCUUCACUGCCUUUGUGACAAGAGAAGCAGUAGCUGCUAAUGAUGAAUUAGCCUUCUCAUAGCAGCUUCAUGAACAUACCAGGACUGAGCAAUGGACUUUGGUUUAGUGAAGUCUGGGGGAAGUGCCCACUUAGUAAUACUGGUUUUCUUUCCUUGAAACUAGAAAGAUGUUAAAAAAAAAAAACGGUUAACUUUACCUAACUGUAAGUCAGAGCUGAAGUUACAUCAGUGUUUGUCUUUUUUGAUUGGGUAUAAAAUGAGGUCAUGACAUUGUAUUUUAGAUAUGUUUCAGUGACCAUGGAUUGGUAUAAUUUUCAUCAAAAGGUGACCACGAUGAGGGCAAAGAUGCUGCGCCAGAGGAAUUAAUCCCUCAUACUGCAUCAGGCGUAGAGGUUGUCCUUAAUGUAGCGUUAUAUAUGAAUUAGGAAAGAUCAUGAUUCAACUCUAUUGUUUCACCUUUACAUUAGCUUUGACAAUUUUGUGUAAAAAAAAAAUGAGUAUAGUUUUUAUAAUCCUUUUUAUAUAAUUGAAGACUCUGGUAUCAGAUAACAUUUUUAAGAUAAAAAUGGGAUUGCUUUCCCGUUAAUGUCCUCUAUCUCAAUCCUCCUUAUAUCACUGGAAGGCUUUGACACAUCUUGCCCUUCCAGUGUUAAUACCUUUAUUUCACUGCAGCAUUGAACAACAGUAGAAGCACACUUCCUCAGACCUCUUUAGAUAUCUACACGUACACAGCAGCAUCCUAUCACUAUGUGAUGGUUUUGUACAUCUUAAUGUAACUGAGUUUAUUUAUCACACGUAAGACAACUGAACUUAUUUAUUUCACUGUUUUGGGUUAGUCUUAGCCUCUUUUGUAAAAAAAUAAAUAAAAAAAAUGGAAUAAUUGUAAGAUUUGGCUCUUAAAGAUAGAAGAGCAAGCCAAAAAGAAAUGUUUUGCUCUUUUUAAAACAGUUUCAUCCUAGGCUAGAAGAUAAAAAUAAAAAUUUAUCUUUAUUACAUUUUUAUAAGUUAAGGGAUCUGGAUAACUGGCGUUGGGUGAAACACUUCCCAGUUGUUAUUCUGUCCUUAUCAUUUAUCCUAUAA